UGUGGGACUCACAUGACACAUUGUAAUAAAUAAACAUUCUCCCUGACUGAUGAUGUGUUCUUGAAAUGGAGAUUCCCAGGUUCAGCUCUCUGCUACGUUGCAGAAAAUGGGCUAAGAGCGAUUGGCUUGCUGCUUCCAUAGGAUUCGUCUUGACCGUCUUCUUCCUCUCUUUCUUCUAUGAUCCCACUGUUCCCUCCAUUACAUCCCCAACUAAUCUGGUCAAACUCAAGUUAUCCAGUACAGCUAAAGAGAGAGGAGCAUUUUGCCUGGAUGGAAGCUUGCCUGGGUUCCAUUUUGACAAGGGUUCAGGUUCAGGGUCCAAAAGCUGGCUUAUUCAUCUUCAGGGAGGAGGCUGGUGCAACACAAUAGCGUCAUGUUCUGCUCGAGCAAUGACUAGUUUUGGUUCUUCCAACUACUUUGAAGAUGAAGUGGAGUUUCCAGGUGUUUUAAGCAAUGACCCAUCUCAAAAUCCUGACUUCUUUAACUGGAACAGAGUUGUAAUACGGUACUGUGAUGGUGCUUCUUUCUCUGGACACCCUGAAGCUGAAUUCAAGAACGGAACAGGGCUUUUCUUCCGUGGCCAGCUCAUCUGGGAGGCUAUUAUGGAUGAGAUUUUGUCGAUGGGCAUGUCAGAUGCCAAACAGGGCAUACUUACUGGAUGUUCUGCUGGUGGCUUGGCAACUCUUAUACAUUGUGACUACUUUCGUGAUCAUCUCCCUAAAGAUGCAGAUGUCAAAUGUGUUUCUGACGGAGGAUUCUUUCUUAACGCGCUUGAUGUCCUUGGAAACCCUACGAUGAGAUCUUUCUAUCAUGAUGUUGUUACCUUGCAGGGCGUAGAUAAGAGCUUGGAUCAGAAUUGUGUAGCCAUAAUGGAGCCAUCCACGUGUAUGUUUCCUCAAGAAUUCGUUAAUAACAUACGAACACCAGUGUUUCUUGUCAACUCAGCUUAUGAUUCUUGGCAGAUUCAAAAUGUCUUGGUACCAGCUUCUGCUGAUUCAGAUAAAAGUUGGGCAAAGUGCAGACUCAGUAUUAAAGAAUGUGAUGCUGCACAGAUGAAUGUGCUACAGGGUUUUCGCAGCUCUCUGAUGGAUGCCAUAGGGAAAUUUCAUCAGAACAAAGCUGGUGGGAUGUUCAUAGAUUCAUGCUUCAUUCAUUGCCAGACAGUUACGCCUGGGACAUGGCACUCCCCAACCUCAACAAGAAUCGAAAACAAGACAAUUGCCGAGUCUGUAGGUGACUGGUACUUCAACCGAAAACCGGUUAAGCUAAUUGAUUGUCCUUACCCUUGCAAUCCCUCCUGUCACAACUGAAGUUCAGCUGAACUUUCCUUGUAGCUGCAUUGACCAAUCCCUCUGCUUCUCGACUUCUCCCGAACUUUCUUCAUCUGAUCAGGAGCAGCCGUGUCCUAGAAUUCACAAUCAGGUUGAGUCUCAAAAGGGUUUUCAUGUUCUUGAAGUAUGAAGAUAUCUAGAGGAACUCACCUGCUUUGUAUAAUAAAGUAGUUGAUUGAUCAUAGAGAAAGAUUUUAUUACAAAAGCAACUCCAUUAACAGUAUAUUGGCAUAUUUCCACGUUGGGAUCUUCUGAGAUUGCAUAUGUAUAUAUAUUUGUGAUCACAGAGCAGCAGAUCUUGAUAUCUUUUUGA